AUUACAAAAUUCUUAAUUUUCUGGCUAUAAAUAAAACCACAAAGAAAAAUAAAAUAUCUUGCAGAGAAGAAGAAAAAAACAUGGCAAAUUUUGUUUUGCAGGUUCCAAAUACUUUGAGGAGUUUCACUGUAUUUGCUUCAUCCAACCCUAAUGGGGCUCUUUCUGGUGGUUCUGGAAGUGGUGGUGUGGGUCCAGUGAUACUGGAACUUCCUCUUGAUAAGAUAAGAAGGCCUAUGAUGAGGACUAGAUCAAAUGAUCAAAACAAAGUUCAAGAACUCAUGGACAGUAUUAGUGAAAUUGGUCUUCAAGUGCCUAUUGAUGUGCUCGAGGUUGAUGGAAACUAUUAUGGUUUUUCUGGCUGUCACCGGUACGAGGCUCACCAGCGACUUGGACUCCCCACCAUACGCUGCAAAAUACGGCGUGGCACAAAAGAGACUCUAAGGCAUCACAUGCGCUAAAAUAUGUGACCAUUUAAUCAUUCAAAGUAAUGACAGGAGUCUCUUGCUCUUGCUACUCAAAGCAUACAGUGGUUCCCGUUUGAUCAUAUUAUAGAUGUUAAAUCGUGUUUGUAUUCAUAUAUGAAGAAUGAUGAUGCAAAUGUUUCUUCUUAGUGACCAAGGGUACAGUGCACUGUUGCUACCAAAAAGAAUACAAUUCAUAAUCCAAUUUCUAUGUAUUGUGUUCUUAAAAAAAACAGUUACUAUGUAUUGUAUGUUUGUUUGUCAUUUCUUCCCCAAGUUCAUUGUAAGAAUGCAAUAUCACCCAACUUACUUGUAGUCGGAAUAUACUCCCAAAUCCCAAUAUAAAUUUAAGGUAUCCUAACAUGUGCUUUAAGGGCGCAUGUUAAGAAUUUCUUAAA